AUGCCUCACUUCACUCCGUACAAGAGAGAUGAAGAUCUGGAUCGACAUCUCAAGCACUACCGCAGUACCAUGAUCCUCUACAGGAACAACGACGCGCUUAUUAAAGAGUAUUCGUCUAACCGCUCAAUCAAAAGGACAUCCGACCAUCUUUUCAACAUCGAAAAAGACCCUUGGGAGAUAAUUCAUGACUAUGUCAAUAAGUUCAAUGCAGAGAAAACCAAGAUUGUUGGCUGCAACAAGGACAUAGCAACGAUAGCAUUCAGAAAUGGGCUUCUCACCGAACAUCCUUUAUUCAGAAAACUGAUCAUGGGAGAAGAACUGACCCUAACAGCUUCAUAUGCUUUGGCAGAAAAACAUGCAUUAUGGGACACGGCAAAGCAGUCUAACAAAAAUGAGUCGGAAAAGAAGCACAUGGAAUGUUCUCCGACCAAAGAAGACUCAACACCUAAAGCAUUCACCAAGUUCAUAAUUCCAAUCGGCCAAAUUCACCGCAAGCUCAAGAACGAACCUUGGUUUGAACUGCCACCACCCAUGAAAGGCGAUCUUACCAGGCUAGAUCAUACAAAGUAUUGCUCAUUCCAUCAAGGACUAGGCCACACUACCAACGGCUGCCUGAAAUGGAAGCAAUACCUUGAGAAGCUGAAAAAUAAGGGCUAA